UUAAGUUCCCCGGCGCGGCCGCCCCGCCCCGCCAGCCCUUGACGUGGCAGAGGCGGCACCAGCCAUGUUGGCCCAGUCGUGUUCUGCGUGGAGGCCGGGGGCGGGGCGGCGCCGGCCCUGAUCGAGUGCCACGGCUGCUCCAGCUCGUCGGAAAGGACCGAUUUUGCUGGGCGGAGGUUGCAACCGGCGCGGAUCUUGUCUGGGGGCACGGUGAAAUAAGAAUCAGGCUCUACAAUGACAACCUAUUUGGAAUUCAUCCAACAAAAUGAAGAACGAGAUGGAGUCCGAUUUAGCUGGAAUGUUUGGCCAUCAAGUCGACUAGAAGCUACAAGAAUGGUUGUUCCCGUAGCAGCCUUAUUUACACCACUGAAGGAGAGACCUGAUUUACCACCUAUUCAGUAUGAACCUGUUCUGUGUAGCAGGACCACUUGCCGUGCAGUUUUGAAUCCUUUAUGUCAAGUGGAUUACCGAGCAAAACUCUGGGCUUGCAACUUUUGUUAUCAAAGGAAUCAGUUUCCACCUACUUACGCUGGUAUAUCUGAAUUGAAUCAACCUGCGGAGCUCUUACCUCAGUUUUCUAGCAUUGAAUAUGUAGUUCUGCGUGGUCCUCAGAUGCCUUUGAUAUUCCUCUAUGUGGUUGAUACUUGCAUGGAAGAUGAAGAUUUACAAGCCCUGAAAGAAUCUAUGCAGAUGUCAUUGAGUCUUUUACCACCUACAGCUUUGGUUGGACUUAUUACUUUUGGGAGAAUGGUACAGGUUCAUGAACUUGGAUGUGAGGGCAUUUCAAAAAGCUACGUGUUCAGAGGAACAAAAGAUUUGUCUGCCAAACAACUGCAGGAAAUGCUGGGACUCUCUAAAGUACCCGUUACUCAAGCUACACGUGGUCCUCAGGUACAACAGCCACCUCCUUCCAAUAGAUUCUUGCAGCCAGUACAGAAAAUAGACAUGAAUCUCACAGAUCUUCUGGGAGAACUGCAGCGAGACCCUUGGCCUGUACCACAGGGGAAGAGACCUUUGCGUUCCUCUGGGGUGGCACUUUCCAUAGCUGUAGGACUACUUGAGUGUACUUUUCCCAACACUGGUGCUCGUAUCAUGAUGUUCAUUGGCGGUCCAGCCACUCAGGGGCCUGGAAUGGUGGUUGGAGAUGAAUUGAAGACACCUAUAAGAUCAUGGCAUGAUAUUGAAAAAGACAAUGCCAAAUAUGUUAAAAAGGGAACAAAGCAUUUUGAAGCAUUGGCUAAUCGAGCUGCUACGACUGGUCAUGUUAUUGAUAUAUAUGCCUGUGCGUUAGAUCAGACAGGUCUCCUGGAGAUGAAAUGCUGUCCCAACCUUACUGGAGGAUACAUGGUAAUGGGUGACUCUUUCAACACUUCCUUAUUCAAGCAGACUUUUCAAAGAGUUUUUACCAAAGAUAUGCAUGGACAGUUUAAAAUGGGCUUUGGUGGUACAUUAGAAAUAAAGACCUCAAGGGAAAUAAAGAUUUCAGGAGCUAUUGGACCCUGUGUGUCUCUCAAUUCUAAAGGACCUUGUGUGUCUGAAAAUGAGAUAGGAACAGGUGGCACUUGUCAAUGGAAGAUAUGUGGACUCAGUCCCACUACAACCUUAGCCAUAUAUUUUGAGGUUGUCAAUCAGCAUAAUGCUCCAAUUCCUCAAGGAGGGCGUGGUGCCAUCCAGUUUGUGACUCAGUAUCAGCAUUCAAGUGGACAGAGACGCAUCCGAGUGACCACCAUUGCUAGGAACUGGGCGGAUGCUCAAACUCAAAUCCAAAACAUUGCUGCAUCUUUUGACCAGGAGGCAGCUGCCAUUCUUAUGGCCCGGCUGGCAAUAUACAGGGCGGAAACAGAGGAAGGACCAGAUGUACUUAGAUGGCUAGACAGACAGCUCAUUCGACUGUGUCAGAAAUUUGGAGAAUAUCACAAAGAUGAUCCAAGCUCCUUCAGAUUUUCAGAAACUUUCUCCCUUUACCCUCAGUUUAUGUUUCAUUUAAGAAGAUCUCCUUUCUUGCAAGUUUUUAACAAUAGUCCUGAUGAGAGUUCAUAUUAUCGUCAUCAUUUUAUGCGUCAAGAUUUGACUCAGUCUCUAAUCAUGAUUCAGCCUAUUCUGUAUGCAUAUUCUUUUAGUGGACCACCAGAGCCGGUUCUUCUUGAUAGCAGCAGUAUUCUUGCAGAUCGCAUUCUUCUCAUGGACACGUUCUUCCAGAUUUUGAUUUACCAUGGUGAGACCAUUGCACAGUGGCGCAAGUCAGGAUACCAAGACAUGCCAGAAUAUGAAAAUUUCCGCCAUCUUCUACAAGCCCCAGUGGAUGAUGCCCAGGAGAUUCUUCACUCCAGAUUUCCAAUGCCAAGAUACAUUGAUACUGAACAUGGAGGUAGCCAGGCCCGUUUCCUGCUUUCAAAAGUCAACCCUUCCCAGACUCAUAAUAAUAUGUAUGCCUGGGGACAGGAGUCUGGAGCACCUAUUCUCACAGAUGAUGUUAGUUUACAAGUGUUUAUGGAUCACUUGAAGAAACUUGCUGUGUCAAGUGCUGCUUGAAGUGCUAAACAUAUUAAGGACACUUAAGAUGAAAUAAUACUUCAAUUUCCUUUUUCAGUUUAUCUGUGGAAACCAAUACAGGUAUCUCUGUAGACUCUUUGUAUUAGUAUGGUUUGAGACAUGUGGGAAAAUGUUCACAUUUGUAGAAUAAGCUGGAAUAUAAGAGCAAUAAGAACAAAUUUAUUUUGCUUGCCACAGUAUUAUGGCUGGUUUUAGAAAUCUGAGGUCUUUAUAACUUAAUUAUGUUAAAGAGUUGAAAUAGAGUUGGCCUUGCACUACAGAGACAUAACUCAUUUGUAUAUUGCAGAAAAAUACAAAGUGGCACUGAAUGUCCUUGCUGACUUUUUGAAAACUUGUUUCUUGAUUUUAACCAAGUAAGCAAAAUCAUUGACAGUAAUGAUAAAUGUGAACAUUUUUGCCUAUUCGUUGAAAUAUAUCUGUGAUUUUCGAGCACUUAUGUAUACACCUUUUUCUGUACUUAUUCUGUUAAGGCAGAUUUAUUUUUAUGAUGAUUUGUUUAGGGAUUAUUUGACUUUAUAUAUGGUAAUUUUCAUGAAGAUAAUUUAAUGUUUUUGGUCAUUUGGAAAAAUAGUUUAGAGAUGGAAAGUUUUUUGGGGUAACAAUCCCACAACUGACAAAUGUGAAAUUCCCAUAAAGUACCCAACCUAUGUAAUGAGACGUGAUAAGUUUUUUAAAAAGGGAGAUAGAAAUUAAACCAUUUUGUCAGAAUGCGUUUUAGGAAGGCUUUGCAGUAAAAUAACUGUCAUCACUACUAAACCAAAUUUGGUUUUUACUGCAUGGUUAUGUUGUUUCCCCUUGUUUUUCUGAGGUAAAUUUUAUAUUAUAUCCUUCAGUAUUUUAACACUAUUUUGGGAGUUUACAUAUUAUUUCUUAUUUCUGCUUCCAUAUUGUGAAAUGUAUUAAGUUCUUACUCAAACAGUAUUAUAUAAUAUUUUGUUGAAUUAUAUCAUGUGGUGAUGCUCAGUUUUAUUUUGAUUUAUUCAUUAGUAUAAUUCACUUUUACCUUUUAAAGUUUACUUGUAGCAAAUGUUUACAUUGCUAAAGCCAGAUAUGUUUGACAAUGAAAUUUAUAUCAAGUACUGCAAAUAAAAGGUGGUGCUAUGAUAAAUGCUUGGAAGGACAGUUUGAUGAUUGUACUUGCAUGAACACAAUCGUAUGAUAAAACAGAAACUUAAAAAAAAAGUUUAUAUGUUGUAUUCAAUUAAAUAAAUUGCUCUGUUCCAUUUUAUUUGAGUUGAACUGUGCUAGGCCUAAAUACCAAUAAAAUAUACUUUUUCUGUG